CCCUCGCGCCCGCCCGCUCGGCUGCUGCGCCCGCGGCGCCCGGGGGAGUCGCUGACGGGCGCGCGGACGCCGCGACUGCCGGACGCGAGGCGCGGUCGGGCGGCCGGCCCAGAAGAGUGAGAGCAGCAAGAAUCUAAACUGGCCGCCAUGUCAGCAGAACCAGAGACCUCAGAGGGGAUGGAUGAUUCUGAGAAAAAGAGCCCCGGAGCUCCAGAAAAGGAAAACCACGCCAGGACGGCGGAUCUCUCUGAGCUCCUGAAGGAAGGGACCAAGGAAGCCCAUGACCGGGCAGAAAACACCCAGUUUGUGAAGGAUUUUUUGAAAGGCAACAUUAGGAAGGAGCUGUUCAAGCUGGCCACUACUGCACUUUAUUUCACAUACUCAGCCCUGGAGGAGGAAAUGGACCGUAACAAGGACCACCUGGCCUUUGCCCCCUUAUACUUCCCCACGGAGCUGCACCGGAAGAAGGCCUUGACCAGGGAUAUGGAGUAUUUCUUCGGUGAGGACUGGGAAGAGCAAGUGCAGUGUUCCCAGGCUACACAGAAAUACGUGGAGCGGAUUCACUAUGUGGGGCAGAAUGAGCCAGAGCUGCUGGUGGCUCAUGCCUAUACCCGCUACAUGGGGGACCUCUCUGGGGGGCAGGUAUUGAAGAAGGUGGCCCAGCGGGCCCUAAAACUUCCUAGCACUGGGGAAGGGACCCAGUUCUACCUGUUUGAGAAUAUAGACAAUGCUCAGAAGUUCAAGCAGUUCUACCGGGCCAGGAUGAAUGCCCUGGACCUGAACCUGAAGACCAAAGAGAAGAUUGUGGAGGAGGCCAACAAGGCCUUUGAGUACAACAUGCAGAUAUUCAAUGAACUGGACCAGGCUGGCUCCUUACUGGCCAAAGAGACUGUGGAGGAUGGGAUCCCAGUGCAUGAUGGGAAAGGGGACAUCCGGAAAUGCCCCUACUACACCGGCGCAGACAAAGGUGUCCUGGAGGGCAGCAACUGCCCCUUCGGAACAGCCAUGGCUGUGUUGAGCCAGCCCAGCUUCCAGUUCUUCCUGGCUGCUAGUGUGGCCUUGGCUGCUAGCCUCUUGGCUUGGUACUACAUGUGAAGGAUUCACACUGGUUCCUACCACCACCCGUGACUGAACACCACCUCAGGUGACAUAUUUUCUAAUACUAGGUUUGAGAAAACAAGCAACCAAUAAAAGCCAGACGCAAAAUCCUCUGCCUACCAGCGUCUCCUGCGGGCCGGAUGCUGACCAGGGUGUAGGCCCACCCCCCUGCAGCCCCAGGCUGGGGCACUGGAACUAGCUCUGCUGCUGGGGAUCUCAUACCUUUAACCCCCAGCUGGGUAUCUUCCUUCUUUCUCAGUUGGCACCUCUGCCCUACUGGGAACAGAGGAACCAACCUGCUCAGAGCUCUAGGAGGAAGCGAGGAGCCUCUACCUGCCUCAGACCUGGACUCCUCAGGGGUCUGCUCCAGGCGACUGGAUCUAACCUGUAUAUAUUAAUGCUUCGGCACUGAAUAAAGUGAACUGACAGUU